AUGCCAUUAGUGAACCUACUGAAUGGUAAGACCAAGAACGUUAGCAAGUCGUUAUUUGCCUUAGUUGCAUAUAGACCAACUGCUAAAGUUUCAAGUGGAACUCUUCUUUCUCACAAAAAUAUUCUUACAAAACCACUGACUAGAAACUACUCCACAAGAUCCACCGUUAUUCAGCUCUUGAAUAACAUUGGCUCUAAAAGAGAAGUCCAGCAAUAUCUUAAAUACUUUACAUCGGUCUCGCAACAACAGUUUGCUGUCAUCAAAGUUGGAGGCGCUAUUAUCACACAACAGUUACCCCAACUAGCUUCGUGUCUUGCAUUCCUUUACCAUUUAGGGCUUUACCCUAUUGUUCUACAUGGUACUGGUCCUCAAAUCAAUGAAAUUCUGGAAAACGAAGGUAUAGAGCCUGACUAUAUUGACGGGAUCAGAAUAACCGAUGAAAAAACAAUGGGUGUUGUUAGAAAAUGCUUCCUUGAACAGAAUCUCAAGCUUGUCACUGCAUUAGAGAAGAUGGGUGUCAAGGCAAGACCGAUUACCGGCGGUGUGUUCAAUGCAGAUUAUCUGGACAAGCAGAAAUAUAAAUUGGUUGGUCAGAUCCAUUCCAUUAACAAGGCACCUAUUGAAGCAUCCAUCAAAGCUGGCGCGUUACCUAUUCUAACCUCCUUAGCAGAAACCUCGUCAGGCCAACUAUUGAAUGUCAAUGCCGAUAUUGCUGCAGGUAUGAUUGCUAGAGAAUUCAAACCGUUGAAGAUAGUUUAUCUAAAUGAAAAGGGUGGAAUCAUCAAUGGUAACACCGGUGCUAAAAUUUCUGUCAUCAAUUUGGAUGAAGAAUAUGAGGAGUUGUUGAAAGAGUCAUGGGUUAAGUAUGGUACUAAGUUGAAGAUCAAAGAAAUCCGUGACUUGCUAAUGCAUUUACCACGUUCAUCAUCAGUUGCAAUUAUCAAUGUGGAUGAUUUACAGAAAGAAUUAUUUACGGAUUCCGGUGCAGGUACCUUGAUUCGUCGUGGCUAUAAAUUGACUGCGUAUGAUGAUCUAAGCCAGGUAAACACAACUUUGUUGAAGAAAAACCUAUCCGACGAAGUUGCUGAUGUUGAAGAAUAUUUGGCUGGAUUGACUCCAGGAUCUUUCCGUUUAUAUGCAGAUGAACCUAUGGAGGUACUUGCAAUUGUAAAGAAAGAUGGUACCGUUCCGAAAUUAGACAAGCUAGUGGUCUCUAAAUCAGGGUGGUUAAACAAUGUAACCGAUAAUAUUUUUAAGUUAUUGGAAAAAGACUUUCCUAGUCUCUACUGGAUCAUCCCGGAAACGGACGAAAACAUGACAUGGCAUUUCAGCAAGUCCCAAGGUUCGUACAGUAAACCCGGACAAAUUCUAUUUUGGUAUGGCAUUAAUGAUUUAAAUGUUUCCAGUAGUUUGAUAACUCAAUUUGUUGGUCCAAAUGCCUCUGGUAUUUCGACCGGUAAUGCAUUCUCACAAGCCCAAAAACGUUCAUUCCACACUUCCAGAACAACUUUUGGUUCCAAGAAGGUCGCAUUGAUUGGCGCCAGAGGUUAUACUGGCCAAAAUCUUGUUUCUCUCUUGAACAGACACGGAGACUUGGAUAUCGGUUAUGUUUCUUCUCGUGAGCUUGCAGGAAAGAAAUUGCAGGGAUAUGAAAAGAAGGAGAUUAUUUAUUCGAACCUUUCAACUGACAACAUCAAGGAGAUUGAAACAAAUGGGGAAGUCGACAUGUGGAUUAUGGCUCUUCCAAAUAACGUUUGCAAGCCUUUUGUUGAAGCUAUUGAAUCUGUCAAGGGAAAAGGAAAAAUCAUUGAUUUAAGUGCAGACUAUAGAUUCGAUACCACGGGUAAGUGGGCUUAUGGACUGCCAGAACUAAAAGGUAGAGAAAGUAUUAUUGUAGCAGAUAGAAUCUCCAAUCCAGGAUGUUACGCUACAUGCGCACAACUUGCUCUUGCACCUCUAAAGGAAUACGUAAGUGAACGCUCCAAACCAAGUGUGUUUGGUGUGAGUGGAUACUCCGGAGCGGGCACAAAACCUUCAAAGAAGAACGACCCUGAGUUUUUAAAGGAUAAUCUCAUACCCUAUUCAUUGACUGACCACAUUCACGAGAGAGAGAUUGGAUUCCAAACGGGAACAGAAGUUGCAUUUAUGCCACAUGUUGGAUCAUGGUUUCAAGGUAUUGCAAUGACUACCAGUAUCCCACUAAAGGAAAACCACGGUUUAACUCCAGAAAGAGUCGAAGAGAUUUUUCAAAGUUAUUACAACGGUGAAAAGCUGGUUAAAGUCGUUGGAGGCGAGCCUCCAUUAGUCCGUGACGUUAGUGGUAAACACGGUUGCUAUAUCGGCGGUUUCCAGUUGAACAAAGCAGGUACUCGUUUAGUUGUAGUAUCAUGCCUUGAUAACCUUCUUAAGGGUGCCAGUACCCAAUGUUUACAAAACAUGAACUUGGCACUAGGAUACGAUGAACACGAAGCAAUUCCGCAGUUCUAG